GUAUAAUUUAUGAAUUUCUAGGACAAAAUCCCAAAAUAUUUACAACAUGGUCCUUACCCCUGACAUAUUCUGAUAUUUGUUUGAUUCUCUUUCAAUUUUCCAUUUUAGCUUCCGUUUCUUAGUACAGCUACAGCAGCAUUGACAACUUCUGUCUGUCUUUCACUUUUGUUAAGCAAGCAAUGGAGUCAAUAGGCUUUUUAUGUCUUUUCAUAGUACUACUUUAAAGUUUUAAAAGAUUAUUUAGCCAUUAGGUUCAAACCAAGCUUAAAAAGCUUUACUUUUUCUCCGGUGCUGGCGGUGGUGGGGUGGCGUUGAUCGGAAAAAUGGGGUUGAUGAUGGGGAGUAGACCGCCGCACAAGGCGGGCAUUGGUGGCAGUGUUGGUGUCCCUACAAGAUGGGUCUCUUUCUUAUGCAUUGCUAGCUUUUGCUUGGGAGUUCUUGUUAUCAAUCGGCUUUGGACUUCUCCUGAUUCAUUCCAUAUGCAUAACGAUGUUAUAUCAGUGGGUAAUCACCUGUCUAGAGAUAUUCACCCUCUACUUCCAUGUGAGAAGAAGGGAGCUUUUCAGGCAGGGGACAUCCUUUCUCAGGUUUCUCAAACUCAUGAUGUAAUCAUGACAUUGGACAAAACCAUAUCUUCACUGGAAAUGCAGCUUGCUGGAGCAAGAGCAGCUAAAGCAGAGAAUGAAGAAAAAUCAGGAAAUGAACAGUCCAGUGACAGACCCAAGGUGUUCUUUGUCAUGGGUAUCACUACAGCAUUCAGUAGCCGAAAACGCAGAGAUUCUAUUAGAGAAAAUUGGAUGCCUCAAGGUACAAUAGUUAACAUAUUAAUGGCUCUGAGAACUUUAAUAUCACUGCUUCACGUGGGAUUGAAACAAUUUAAAUUGCAGAAUCAUGUAGAAGGAUAUCAUGAAUUGUCCUCAAAAACCCAAAUCUACUUUUCGAGCGCUGCUGCCAAGUGGGAUGCUGACUUUUACAUAAAAGUUGAUGAUGAUGUUCAUGUUAAUCUUGGUAUGGUAGGUUCACUGUUGGCCCGCCAUCGUUCCAAACCUCGUGUUUACAUUGGUUGCAUGAAGUCUGGACCUGUCCUUGCACAGAAAGGGGUCAAGUACCAUGAACCAGAGUACUGGAAAUUUGGUGAGGAAGGAAACAAGUACUUUAGGCAUGCAACUGGACAAAUAUAUGCAAUUUCCAAAGAUUUGGCAACCUACAUUUCUGUUAACAGACACGUACUUCACAGGUAUGCAAACGAAGAUGUCUCUCUUGGAUCUUGGUUUAUUGGUCUAGAUGUUGAACAUAUCGAUGAUAGAAGCCUCUGCUGUGGGACGCCCCCUGACUGUGAGUGGAAGGCCCAAGCUGGGAACCCUUGCGCUGCGUCGUUUGAUUGGAGCUGUAGUGGCAUGUGUAAAUCGGCGGAAAGAAUGGAAGAGGUUCAUCAGAGGUGUGGUGAGGGUGAUGGAGCAGUUUGGCAUACCAGUUUCUAAAAUCUUUGCUCUAUAUUUAACUCAUAGUGGCUGUAAUAUAUACGUUUGUGCAUGUCUCUUGUAAUGAAAAGCAUGGCCAUGGAUUAUCAAUCUUCCCCAUUGUUGCUAAUUACUGAUUUCGCUUGAAGGUAUAUCACUAAUUUAUUUGCUGUUUUUA